ACCCCAACCCAGUGUCAGCAGCCUGGUGCCUCAGUGAGAAAGUUCCAUUGCAAGAGGCCCCAGGGGCUCUAUCAUUUCCGUCUUUCACCCUGUCUGGGUUGCCAGCAAAUCCCAGGGGCCCUCUGAGACUUCGCCUGGGUAUGGUCCCUCCAGAAGCUUCAAAGAUGAACUCCUGCAUCAUCGUGAUGAGGCUGCUGCUGUCCGGGCCUUUUCUCUUUGCCGCCGCCUGGAGCUACAACCUGGACGUGCGGCACGUACAACACUUCUCCUUCCCACUCGCCGGCAGGCACUUUGGGUACCGUGUCCUGCAGGUUGGAAAUGGGGUUUUCGUGGGAGCUCCAGGUGAGGGGAACAGCAUGGGAAGCCUCUAUCAGUGUCAGCCAGACAAUGGACAAUGCAUGCAAGUCACACCAAGUGGUUCCAACUAUACCUCCAAGUACUUGGGAAUGACCUUGGCGACAGAUCCCACAACGAACAGUCUUUUGGCCUGUGACCCUGGGCUGUCUCGGACAUGUGAUCAGAACAUCUAUCUAAGUGGCCUGUGUUACCUCUUCCACCAGGGCCUGGGGGGUCCUGUGCUGCAAGGGCGCCCUGGUUAUCAGGAAUGUAUAAAGGGCAACGUGGACUUGGUAUUUCUGUUUGAUGGAUCAAACAGCUUGAGUCCCGAAGAAUUUCGGAAAAUCGUGGACUUCAUGAAGGAUGUGAUGAAGAAACUCAGCAACACUUCCUACCAGUUUGCUGCUGUUCAAUUUUCCACAACCUACCGUACAGAAUUUACUUUCUUGGAUUAUGCUAAACAGAAGAACCCGGAUGUUCUGCUGAAUAAUGUCAAACACAUGCGCGAGUUGACCAACACCUUUGGUGCCAUCGACUAUGUUGCGAGUCACGUGUUCCAGCAAAAGCUGGGGGCCCGUCCAGAUGCCACAAAAGUGCUUAUCAUCAUCACGGACGGGGAAGCCACCGACGGAAAGGACAUCAGCUCCGCCAAGGACAUCGUCCGCUACAUCAUUGGGGUCGGAAAGCAUUUUAAGACCACGAAAAGUCAAGAAACACUUCACCAGUUUGCCUCAAAACCCGUGGAGGAGUUUGUAAAGAUUCUGGACACGUUUGAGAAGCUGAAAGAUCUAUUCACCGAGCUUCAAAAAAAGAUCUAUGACAUUGAGGGCACAAGCAAACAGGACCUGACGUCCUUCGACAUGGAGCUGUCCUCCAGCGGGAUCAGCGCGGACCUCAGCAAGGUGAGCAGCGGACCCGAGCAGGGGGCUGAGGGAGGUGGUGGGGACACGGCUGACCUCUUCGUCUCCCUCCCUGGGCAGGGCCACGGCAUCGUAGGGGCUGUCGGAGCCGAGGACUGGGCUGGGGGCUUCCUCGACCUGAAGGCAGACCUGCAGGGGGAUACAUUUGUUGGGAAUGUACCACUGACACCAGAAGUGAGGGCGGGAUAUUUGGGUUACACAGUGACCUGGCUGCCCUCCCGAGGAACCAUGUCACUGCUGGCAGCUGGAGCCCCCCGGUACCAGCAUGUGGGGCGGGUGCUGCUGUUCCAAAAACCAGAGGACAAAGGACCCUGGAGGCAGAUCCAGAAAAUAGAUGGGACCCAGAUUGGCUCUUAUUUUGGAGGCGAGCUGUGUGGUGUCGACCUGAACCAAGAUGGGGAGACAGAGCUGCUACUGAUUGGAGUCCCCCUGUUCUAUGGGGAGCAGAGAGGAGGCCGGGUAUUCGUUUACCAGAGAAAACAGCUGGAGUUCCAAAUGAUCUCAGAGCUACAUGGGGAUCCCGGCUACCUCCUUGGGCGAUUCGGAGCAGCCAUCACUGCCCUGAUGGACCUCAAUGGGGACGGGCUGACGGACGUGGCUGUGGGAGCCCCUCUGGAGGAGCAGGGGGCUGUGUACAUCUUCAAUGGGAAGCCCGGGGGGCUGAGCGCCUGGCCCAGUCAGCGGAUAGCGGGCGCCCAGAUGUUCUCAGAAAUUCGAUGGUUUGGACGCUCCAUCCACGGGGUGAAGGACCUUGGAGGGGAUGGCCUGGCAGAUGUGGCGGUGGGGGCGGAGGGCCAGGUGAUCGUGCUGAGCUCCCGGCCUGUGGUGGACAUCAACACGACCAUCGACUUCUCCCCGGCCGAGAUCCCAAUGCACGAAGUCGAGUGCUCCUAUUCAACCAGUAACCAGAAGAAGGAAGGCGUUAACCUCAUAGUCUGCUUCCAGGUCAAGUCUCUCAUCUCACAGUUCCAAGGGCCCCUGGUUGCCAACCUCACUUACACUCUGCAGCUGGAUGGGCAUCGGACCAGAAGCCGGGGCUUGUUCCCAGGAGGGACCCAUGAACUCAGCGGGAACACAGCUGUCACCUCAGACCAGUCCUGCAUCAGAUUCAAGUUCCACAUCCCGGUAUGCGUUCAAGACCUCAUCUCGCCGAUCAACGUCUCCCUAAAUUACUCUCUCUGGGAGGAAGAAGGGACAUCGAGGGACCAAAGGGCGCAGGACAAGGACAUCCAGCCCAUCCUGAGACCCUCAGCACACUCAGAAACCAGGGAGAUCCCUUUCGAGAAGAACUGUGGAGAGGACAAGAAAUGUGAGGCAGACCUGAGGGUGGCCUUCUCCCCUGAAAGCUCCAAAGUCCUGCGUCUGACCCCGUCCACCAGCCUCGCAGUGCGGCUGACACUGCAAAACGUGAAGGAAGACGCGUACUGGGUCCACCUCAGCCUGAGCUUCCCCUGGGGCCUCUCCUUCCGCAAAGUGGAGGUGCUCAAGCCUCACAGCCAGAUGCCUGUGAGCUGCGAGGAGCUUCUGGAGGAGACCAGUCUUCAGAGCAGAGCCGUCUCCUGCAACGUGAGCUCUCCCAUCUUCAAAGCAAACAGCUCGGUUGAUAUCCAGGUGAUGUUUGAUACGCUAUCCAACAGCUCCUGGGAGGACCUUGUCGAGCUGAAGGCUGAUGUGCGCUGCAACAACGAGGACACAGGCCACCUGAUUGACAACUGGGCUGCCACCAGCAUCCCGGUCCUGUACCCCCUCAACAUCCUCACCAAGGACCAGGAAAACUCCACGCUCUAUAUCAGUUUCACCCCCAAAGGUCCCAAGACCCACCAUGUCAAGCACAGCUACCAGGUGAAGAUCCAGCCUUCUGUCUAUGACCACAACAUGCCUGCCCUGGAGGCCUUGGUUGGGGUACCACAGCCCCACCCCAAGGGGCCCAUCACACACAAGUGGAGCGUGCAGAUGGAGCCUCCUGUCACCUGCCACCAGGAGGAGGUGGAGAGUCUGCCCAGUGUGGCUGAGCCGCUGUGUCAGCUUGGAGCCCAGUUCCGCUGCCCAGUUGUCUUCAAGCAGGAGAUCCUCGUCCAAGUGAUCGGGACAGUGGAGCUGGUGGGGGACAUCGAGGCCUCCUCCGUGUUCAGCCUCUGCAGCUCCCUCGCCAUCUCCUUCAACAGCAGCAAGCACUUCCACCUCUAUGGCAGCAACGCCUCCCUCGCCCAGGUCAACAUGAAGGUGGACAUUAUAUACGAGAAGGACAUGCUCUAUCUCUACGUGCUGAGCAGCAUCGGGGGGCUGUUGCUGCUGCUGCUGAUUUUCUUAGUUCUGUACAAGGUUGGCUUCUUUAAACGGAACCUGAAGGAGCAGAUGGAAGCGACUGAAGAGGCUUCAAAUGACACCCCGGAAGAAGACUCUGGGAGGCCAGCAUCUGGGGAAGACGCCAGGGAUCCGGGCUGCCUGGAGCCUCUCCACAACGACAACACCCAGGACGCAGUGGGAGCGACUGAAGCCCAGGCCUGACUGCAGAGGGCCCAGGACUGGACUCAGCCUGCCUCUACCUGAAUUUCACUGUGUGUCCUCGGGCAAGGACACACAGUGCCACUUCCUAGGCCUCAGUUUCCCUGCUUGAACAUGCACCCAUUACUGCCUGCCUCCUUUGCAGGCUCGUGGCGAGGAUCCACCGAGGGAUGGGCCAGGAAGGCCACAGAGAUGAAGCCUUGUAAUGAUCCAAUGGUCCCGGCUUCCACCGGCACCUCUCAGUUUUCGCCCCUGGAAGAGAACACUUGAUCUAAUUUUGGAUAAACUGUAACCUCAGACCCAGCGACACUCUGGGCCCUCAUACCCCCCUGCCCUUGGAUGUCCCAGAGGCCUCAGACUCCCGGAGUCUUGCCCUGCAUUCUCUCCUGCCUGGAAUCCAGUCAGCUUUCAGUUCUGCCCGAGAGCAGAUCUCAUCCAUGUCACUACAUUGCUCCUGCAAGCCCCUUGCCCUCUGGCUAGCAACCAGAUUUCCUAAUACACCUCACCAAAUCUGCACAAUCGGGUCCCCGUUUCCUUCCUAGUGCUCCUUGAGCCAUCCCACCUGCCUCUCUCUCUCUCUCUCUCUCCCCCCCCCUCUCUCUUUGAUCCCCACCUGUGGCAUGUGGAAGUUCCUGGGCCAGGGAUCAAACCCACACCGCAGCCGUGACAAUGCCUGACCCUUAACCGCCUGUGCCACCAGGGAACUCCCCACCUCCCCUUCUAAGCUCAUCACACCCGCCUUCCUCACUUGCGUGCAGCUCCUUCCUGGCUCACUGCCUUCACCCACCCUGCUUUCUCUGCCUGGAACAUUCCUCCUGCCUCCUUUUCCCAGCUGACUCUCUCUCAGCCUUCAGAUCUCAGCUCACACACAACUUCUGCAGGGCAGCACCCCCAGCCCCGACUCAGUUGGGUUCCCAGAUUCGAUGCACCUGCACUAGCCUGUACUUGUCUGCAUAGCACCGAUGGUACUGUUCAUUGUUCAAUGAUUUACUUAAUAUCCAUCUCUGAACUUAAGCAGAGAACUCCACGGCGGAAGUGGGGGAGGGGUCAUCCCCGUCUCAUUCACCUCGGGACCCCUCUCAAUAGCACAGAGCCGGACACAGGAGGUGCUUGACUCAGUUUCACUGAAUUAGGGUGCUGGAGGGAAGAUAGAGGAAAAAAUUGGGGUGGGACCCUGGCCACCCCAUCUGUCAAGGUGCCUGCCGCCUCAGCCCCCACGGGAACUUCAUCCCAUCCCACUGUGGCCCCCACUGUGAGACUGUGAGCUCAGGGAUGGGGAUUGUGCCCAUUCACCUGGUCCCCACAUAUAUGUACAUAUGUACCACAUCGAUUCCAUUGUGUGAUGUUUGUUGCCAGCGCAGCAUUCCAGCCUGGCUCAAUUAAAUGAACUUUUGCUUCUCAA